GUGCACUUCUUCUAUUCAAGCAGACAGAGGCACACAGAAGUUUAGGUGAACAGUUGUGACACUCCUCCCCGACGUUUAAAAAGUUCGCUGAAAGACUGAGUAGAGAAACCACCAUGCUCAAGCUUUGACAUUAGAGACAGAUUGUUGUCUUAUUUGAUAUUGGAAAUACGAAAUGGCAGCUGCAAAGAUAAAGUCAAACAGUCAUCCAGCAAAUCUGCUUCGGAGUAGAUCAGAGGGGACGCUGAUCGAUAUUGAUGAGAAUGUGACCAUUAACAACAACAACCUACAUGGGGGCUGUGGUUAUGAGAUUGGAAAGACCUCUGAGUGGCCAGUCAUACAAAAAGAAAUUGAAAAUCCAAAACAAACCACCAACCCCUUCUGGAAUCAGCUGGGCAGGUCAAAUCCAUUCUUAAAUGAAAUUGUGCACACCAGCAACUACGAUUCUGGAGUGUCCAUGAUGAAAGAGGAUCCUGCAUCUCUGUUUGACAGUAUUAACGAAGACUCUCUUAGCACAUCAUCAGAUGAAACAAACUUUGCUCAUCUUUUAGCACCAAGACAAAACAAUUUAAACCGAUCUGGUAGGUGGAGAAGUGCCUCGGAUAUACUUGAAAGCCUUGAGAAAAAGGAAGACAAGAGAGCAGUAAAACUCAGCUCUAAAGAAUCCUUUUUGAAUCCUGAUUUUGAGUGGUUGAAGAAUGACCGGGAAGCUUAUAAAAUGGCUUGGUUGAGUCAUAGGCAACUAACAAGGUCCUGUUUGGACCUGAGCCUAAUGAAGCAAAGUCCUGGAUGGGCCCAGACUCAGGCCACAGACAUUCAAAUCUUCUGCAAGAUUGACCACAACGGAGGCUCUGUGCAGUUGCCAGAAUCUGACAUCACUGCUCAUAUUCCCCAUGGACAUGUCCCUCCAGGCGAGGUCCAAGAUAUUGCCCUGAAAGUUCACCUUGAUCCUCCUCCUGGAAUAAACAACAACUACACCACAACUCUGAGUCCUCUUUUAGAGGUCAAGCUUAGCAACAGCAAUAUUUCAGGGGGCAUUUCAGUAGAGAUGAGAAUGGCUGCUAAAGUUAAAAAUGACCCCACAAGCCACGUCUUGACUUCAUUCAUGGGUCUAGUCUCUCAAAGAAAAGAGGGACCUUAUCAGAAGAUAAAAGACUGCUACAUAUACAAUGACAUGUUACAGAUGAAACUCUUUGAUUUGAAACCGCACAUGUAUGUUAUAACUGCUGCAGAGGCCACUGUUUUGGAGUCACCUGCAGUGUCAGUAUGGGAUUACUUGGAUCGCCAAAUCACAGUGGCUGUCUAUGGUCCCAAGCACAUACACCCUUCACUCAAAGUGGUGCUGGUAAUAAUGAGCCAUAAUAAUAUAGCCCCCAGGCUCCCUUUCUCUGACAUUCAGAGGGGUAACAGGAACCUGCCCCCUGUUGUCUUAGAGCUUUGGGGAAGGCAUCAAUUUAAUCCACAAGGGCUAAAGGAUCUUCACAUUGUAUCUAGAGUGUUGGAUCUAAACUUUGAAGUUAAACCAGAGGAUCAAAAUAAAGAGAUUAAGCAGAAACAGCUUGAAGAUGGAAAAGUCCAUCAUCUGCCAUUAGAUCUGGUCAAGGUGGGUGGAGGUGAAAUGAGUGCCUUCAAACUCAGCAUUGAGGUGAAAGAUUCAAACAGCCUCACUUUGGGAGACUUCUAUGUUGCGUCUCCUGAGGCUGCUCCUUUGAGGUCAGAAAAAUACAACCACAGACGAGUAGAUUGGCAGAAGGAAGCAAUUCGUUCCUCCCCAAUUCCUGAAGAAUCUAUUCCAGAGAUCUUAAGCCAGAAGUUUCAGGACAGACCUGUAGAUUUGCAUUGGUAUGGGGUAGCAAUGAAAUCGGUUCUCAGACAACCGAGGGUGGAAUAUCUUCUGGAAUACUUUAAAGGUGAUACAAUUGCUUUGCUUUCAAAGGAAACUGUUAGAUCUGUAGGUCACAUGAAGGUUAAGGAAUGGUACAUUGGUUUUCUUCGAGGAAGAGUUGGGUUGGUACACUGCAAGAACCUGAAGAUCAUAACCAAGGACCAAGUCAUCGAUUUUACUGGAAUACAUCUCACCACACCAGUGCUCUUGGACAAUAUGACAGUUCCUUUUAAAAAACUCACUUACAUGUACUCUGCUAUUCAGACCCUGGUCACAGAGCAUGUCAAAUGCUGGAGAAAUUUCGCUGAGGCUCUUGGUUACUCUGAGGUCUCGGUUGAUGCCAUCUCAAGGAGGCACGCUGAAACAGAGGCAGAAAAAGUGGCCUGUGUUUUAGAAAAGCUCAAAGAAGACUGUCAUGCAGAGAAGAACAAGAAAAAGUUCCAGCAUGAACUUAUCAUUGGUCUGUUAAAGAUGGAUGCUCAAGGGCUAGUAGCUCAUCUCAUUCAGGAUAUAGUGAUUCUGUCCACAGCUGUUGAGCUGGGAGUGCGAUGGCGGGAACUUGCUGAGCGACUUGGGAAGAUUUCCAGUGCCCAGAUAGCUGUUUAUGAGGCACCACACAAAGGGAAAAAUGGAGAAGUUAGUACUCAGUCAAUGUGGAAGCCUGCAUAUGACUUCCUGUUUGCCUGGAGUAAGAGGUAUGGGGACAGCUACAGGGAUAUGAUCCAGGACCUACACUUGGCACUGGAUAAAAUGAAAAGCCCAGUGACCAAGCAGUGGAGACAGAUUACUGGAGCUCUCAUCACUAUUAACUCCAUGGAGGUACUACGAACAUAUGCCUUCAACAGAGGUUAGUGGAUGACUCUUGAAGCACCUAGAUUUACUGAGGUAACCCUGCUGAGUUUAUGCUAAUAGCACUGCCAUUUUAGACAACAAUGUAUCUGUUUAUGGUGGCAUCUAGCAUUGAUAUAAUCCCUUCUUUGUUGUAUUUCAUAAACACUGCUGGUUAGUGCUGGAUUUGCUGUGACAAUGGAAUUGCAAGAAACUGGUUUAAUUCUAAAAAGACUCUUAGUUGUUACAAAGACCUUUAUUCAAAAUUAAUGCCUUUAAGGAUUGUUGGUGGAAAAAUAAAUGGAAAAUUUAAUUGUGAUAAAGAUCUGAUCUAAAAAAAAAUAUUUUCAUUCUGGAUGUACUACUUCAAAGACAUCAGAUUUCUUCUGCUUAAUUAUAUUUAUACUGAAACACACACUUGCAGUUCAUUUGUUUAAAUAUUUGAAGCUGUAUGUGGAACGUCCGAUAUAAGUGUUACAUGAAUGUUUGCCCUCUUGGAAUGUGACUCAUUGUUUUGAAUUGUAUCGGUGUACUAAUAUUUGUACAAUCCCAAGAUGUACCACUAUACUAGGUUUAACAACUAAUGUUAAUGUUAAUCUUAUAUCUUUGUUAUAUCUUUGUUAUACUCCAGUAUAGUACAUAAUACUGGCAAAUUUUAUUUAUCUAUUUUUGUAUUUUGUGUUUUUCUAGUUGUCAUUUUAAAUAUACUAACUACAGUGUUUAAGGGCCGUUACAAUUGCAGAAUGUGUUAGAACAGUCUUUUAAAAUUGUAUUGCUGUAUUUUAUUAAUGCUAAUACACCUUUUAAGAGUUGUAAAUAAAAAUAUAACCAUUUAUGUUACGGAGCUCUAUCGUAAUGGGCAAAAAUAAUAAUAAACAUGUUUUUGCUGAUUUUAA